CACACACACACACACACACACACAUAGUUCCUUCCAUCCAGCUGGGUUUCUCGCUGGGAGAUAUGCAGCUCAGUUCAUCGCCAGACAGACGGAUUUCACUCGCACAAACCUCUGUUUCUUUUGGAUACUUCAACAACAAAUUACUGAGGAAGCUGUGCUGGUCCGGAUGCCAAGGUGAGAAGGAAACAAGGAAAUAAGGAAGAGGAAAAGGAGAAACACAUUCCAUCACCGCUCCUGUGGAGCUGAAGCAGGGACGAAACCUACCAGCCGUGAUUUCUUAUCGUGGAGGAAGGCAGACCUGCGAGGAGUACACAGGAAUGAGUCCACGGAGAGGUUUCCCCUGGCUUUUGAUCUUCCUCUAUGUAGCAGCUAUGUGUGCAGGUGUGGGUGGUGCAAAGGUCGACAAUGUGUCGUCAGAAAUCUGUCGUCAUCCGUGUGAGGAUCUGAUGGGUUUGCUCACUGAGAUCCAAGGCCUGCGUAUUGUCACCAGUAACCUGCUUGAGGACCUUGAGAGAGUCUCUAAAGAAAAUGAGGAGAUGCGGAUAUUUAUGGCUGAGCUGAGCAACAGCAGCAGUGGCCGAGGCAAUGGACGUGGAGGCAGCUAUGGAAAUGGCCGUGGCGGCAACUAUGGAGAUGGCCGUGGCGGCAACUAUGGAGAUGGCCGUGGCAGCAGCCAUAGCGAUGGCCGUGGAGGCAGCCACAGCGAUGGCCGUGGAGGCAGCCACAGCGAUGGCCCUAGAGGCAGCCAUGGCGAUGGUCAUGGUGGCUAUGUUGAUGGCUAUGAUGGCGACCAUGGCGAUGGCCAUGGUGGUUAUCGUGGCAAUGGCUAUGGUGGCAGUCGUGGCAAUGGCUAUGGUGGCGAUCAUGGCAAUGGAUAUGGUGGCAAUGGCCGUGGUGGAAGUCACAGCAAUGGCUAUGGUGACGACUAUAGAGAUGGUGAUGGCGACUUUACUGAUGGCCAUGGCAAUGGUGGAGGCAAUGGCUAUGGCAGUGGUGGAAACCGUGGCAACGGCAAUGGCCUUGGCGAUGGCUAUGGCCGUGGCUAUGGCCGUGGAUAUGGCCGUGGACAUGGCCAUGGUGACAGCCAUGGUGAUGACAGUGACUAUGGCCACGAUUAUGACGAUCUUGACAGAGACAGAGACGGGGAGAUCUGGUGUGUGCAGGAUGGACGAAUUUACGAGCAGGGUGAGCAGUGGGAGGUUGACAGCUGUACCUCCUGUACUUGCAAGGAUGGAAAGGUGGUGUGUCAGCAGGUGUCUUGCCCUCCUGUGUCCUGUAUCAAUCCAUCCUUUAUCGAUGGAAAGUGCUGUCCUGUCUGUCUCAAUAAUGAAAAUGGCUGGUCCCCAUGGUCUGAGUGGACCGACUGUUCGGUCACCUGUGGACGUGGAGGGCAUCAAAGGGGACGAUCCUGCAAUGGCAUCAUCCCAUCCUGUGCUGGCCCGUCGGUCCAAACCCGCAGCUGCAUGAUGACAAAGUGUGACCGCAAGGCGCGCGCUGACGGGAACUGGGGUCUUUGGUCUCCUUGGUCUGCAUGUACAACCACAUGUGGUGAUGGCAGUAUCACACGGGUUCGUCUCUGCAACAACCCCCCACCACAGAAGGGGGGCAAAGGGUGCUCGGGCAGCGCUAGGGAGACGAAAUCUUGCAACAACACACUUUGCCCCAUUGCUGGAGGCUGGACGAGCUGGACUGAAUGGUCACUGUGCUCAGCGUCUUGUGGGGGAGGUCUUACAAGUCGCCAUCGGGACUGUUGGAAUCCCCCUCCUCAGAAUGGUGGGAGGUUUUGUGUUGGAGAUGCUGUGGACUAUGAAGCAUGUAACAAACAACCAUGUCCAAUAGAUGUAUGUUUGUUGUCAUAUCCAUGUUUUCCUGGGGUGGAGUGCAUAUCAUAUAGUGAUGGAUCAUGGGAAUGUGGAAGCUGUCCGUUGGGUUUAUAUGGCAAUGGCACUCAUUGUGAAGAUGAGAAUGAGUGUGAAGUGGAGGAUGUGUGUGUCACAGGCUGUGUAAACACAGACCCUGGGUACUACUGCCUGCCCUGUCCUCCUCGCUAUAAAGGCACACAACCAUACGGACUUGGACUGCAGCAAGCCCGGAGAAGCAAGCAGGUGUGUGAACCAUACAAUCCUUGCAAAGACAACACACACAACUGCCACAAAUAUGCUCACUGUGUAUACCUGGGCCUGGCGUCUGAGAUUUUAUUCAAGUGUGUGUGUGCCAUCGGGUUUGCGGGUGAUGGUGUCUUGUGUGGUGAAGACUCUGAUCUGGAUGGCUGGCCCAACUACAGAUUACCCUGCAAAAUGAAUGCAACCUAUCACUGUCAAAAGGAUAAUUGCCCCAUGCUACCAAACUCUGGACAAGAAGACCUGGACAUGGACGGAAAGGGAGACGCAUGUGAUCCUGAUGAUGACAAUGAUGACAUCUUGGAUGAGAGGGACAACUGCCCGCUGGUGUACAACCCUCGGCAAUUUGACUCUGACAGAGAUGGGGUCGGGGACCGCUGUGAUAACUGUCCAUUUGAUAGCAACCCGCUGCAGAGAGACACUGAUGACAACGGAGAAGGAGACGCCUGCAGCAUCGACAUUGAUGGAGACGAGGUUCUGAAUGACCAUGACAACUGUCCCUUAAUCUACAACACUAACCAGAGGGACACAGACCUGGAUGGUGUUGGCGACCAGUGUGACAACUGUCCCCUUCUACACAACCCAAUGCAGCUUGACUCUGACAGUGACCUGGUGGGGGACAUGUGCGACGACAACGAGGACAUUGACGAGGACGGCCACCAAAACUCUCUCGACAACUGUCCGUACAUAGCAAAUAGCAACCAGGCCGACCAUGACAAGGACGGGAAAGGAGACGCCUGCGACCAUGACGACGACAACGACGGUAUUCCUGACGACCGGGACAACUGCAGACUGGUGCCCAACAGGGACCAGCUGGACUCUGAUGGUGAUGGUAGUGGAGAUGCAUGCUUUGACGACUUUGACAACGACAGUAUUCCAGAUGCGCUGGAUCCCUGUCCGAUGAAUGAGGAUAUCGGGUCUACAGAUUUCAGGAAGUUUCAGGUUGUUUUGUUGGACCCUAAAGGCACCACGCAGUCCGACCCUUUGUGGGUGAUCCGCAGCCAAGGCACGGAGCUGCUGCAGACAGCCAACUCGGACCCUGGCAUCGCUUUAGGAUAUGACAAGUUCAGCUCUGUAGACUUCAGUGUGACCUUUUAUGUGAAUACCAACCGAGAUGAUGACUACGCAGGCAUUGUGUUCGCCUACCAGUCCAGUCGACGCUUCUAUGUUGUCAUGUGGAAACAGGUGUCUCAGGCCUACUGGGAGAAAAAGCCGACCAAAGCUUUUGGCACAGCGGGAGUGUCGAUCAAACUGGUCAACUCCACCACAGGACCAGGGGAGUAUCUACGCAAUGCCCUGUGGCACACCGGAAACACCAGACAGCAGGUCAGAACAUUGUGGCAUGACCCCAAUAAAAUUGGCUGGAAGGACUUCACAGCUUACCGCAUACACCUUAUCCACAGACCCAAAACUGGGUUCAUCAGAGUGGUGGUGUAUGAGGGCAGGGAUAUUUUAUCCGACUCAGGGGCGGUGUACGACCACACCCUGGCUGGGGGCAGACUGGGACUGUUUGUCUUCUCUCAGGAACACGUCCUCUUCUCAGACCUCAAAUAUGAGUGCAGAGAUAACUGAACAACCCACCAGAGAUCCACAUUCAUUUCAGAAAAUCUUAAUACAAUCGAGAGGGAGAGAGAGAGUGAAAGGAUGCACCAGAUCCAGGCCUUUAUCCUGCCAAGACUAUCAAUUAGUGACCCUCAUCUAUCUAUCAGCUUUUUAUGCGACGGUAUCGAUUCCAGGCUGUCUCAUUCGUUCCUUGUAUAUUACUGUAAGACUCAGACAGCAUUCCUAGUGACAAUAACCUCUUGUUGCUUUUCAUUUGC